AUGAAGGACCCAAGUGGAUCGUCGUUGAAGAACGGCUCCAAUAGUAAGUCAGAAUUAGACAAUGAUGUGGAAGAAGAUGUGCGUCUCGCCAUGAAGAUGCAGAUUGAGGAAGGACUGGAGACUGCGGUGCCGCGUGUGGCGUCCUUGGUGAUUCCUACUACUAGUAGCAACACCAGUAGCACUAGCAUCAGUAGUGACAAUGACAAUGACGCAGCGCUGGCAUGGAAUCUCCAAUUGAAAGAAAAUGAAAAGGCCGUAAGCAAUGACAAUGACAAUGACAAUGACACUGCGACUGCUAGUAGUAAUCUAGUAGUCAGUAACCUCCGCAUGGGCGCCGCUCCCUACGAGACCACGACACGUGCCAUAUUGCAACAGCAAAAACCCAAAGUACGCGAUUUGGUAGGAAAUCUUCGCUCUGGCGCCAAACGCCAAAAUUCCGUUUUGAUGAAUUUGCCGCCGGCGCUUCAAAAUCAGACGUUUAUGGAACCUACUGGUUUUACUACUGGUACUGGUACUACUACUAUGAGUAGUUCCUCCUUACAGUUGUCUGCUUACUAUGCCGAUGGAACUACGGACAUGACGACCACGGCCUUUUUGACAGAUGGCAGUACUGUCUCUUCCGAGCCAAUGACAAUGACAAUGACAAUGACGGACCAACCGCAGCACCAGCUGUUCCACCACCGCCACACGACCAUGGUCCCCAUUUGGUUUGACGUCAGUCGCCCAGGAGAUGGAGAUGAUGUCUUUCUCCAUUUACUAGGAGAUUACUGUGAUUACCAGUCAAACAAGUCAAACAAGAAGACUACGCUUUUGCUCAAGGGAGUUCCUCCAGACCAAAUUCCAUUUCUAUGCAAUGAUCCGACCAAGUUGGGGGCCGUCGUGGCCACUGCUUCUAUUGUGACUGAUGAGGAUGAAGACAACGGGAAACCAAUUGAUACGGAUACUGAAACAUCCAAUGACAGUAUUGAAACGGUCAUUCAACAAUGCAUCCAUCUCAAGACAUCCAUUCGACAAGCCGCCAUGCAUCUGCCAUUUUGUGUCCGCUUUCAAUUGGAACGCUGUCUGUUGAUGGAUACUGCGGGCAACAAUGAUCCACACAUUUACAUCACGCAACGAUAUGCACCCAAAAAUAACAAAUCACCCGAAGUGUUACAAAACAGACAAAACGACUUUCGAUUUCCCGCACGCAAAAUGUUGAUUGCAUUCUUGCAAAAAGUAUUGCCCGCUCUACUACUCCAAUGGUCCACCACUACGGAAUUGCAACAAUCGUCCUUGACACUCAUGGAGUUGUUUGCCGAGGAAAUCUACGAACCCAUGCGGCAUGUCAAGAAGCAAAUACAAAAAAAGGGACAUGCCAGUAGUAUUUCAUCCUUUCAUAAAGCGGUCGAAGGAGCCAUGGACCGGGCACGUUCGACACUUUCAGGAGCCGUCAAGUUGUGUCGGUGUACCGAAGCCGAUCUGGAUCGUUGCCAUGACAAGAAGAAUGAUACGGAAGGAUACACUCGAUUCAUGCGACAGCGCUCGCUGUGGCCCAUGGCGGAAUAUCGAGUCUACUUUACACCCGACGGAAGACUCUUGCCCAAAGGAUACGAAGUCGUCAAUACACGAAAUGCCAAAUUGGCACUCCAUGACAACAAGCACAAUAAUAAGUGGACGAUGGAAUAUGCCAUGCGACAUGCCAAAGCAGAAACACGACGGGCGCUACGGGAUACCGGCUGGGCUGUACGAGAUCGGUUUGCCGCCUUUUCGGAUGUCCCUUUUACCGACGUCUUUCGCGACCAUUUACAAGAAUGGUGUCAGCAACGACCCAUGGUCUGUGGGCGUCGCUACGAAUUCUUGUUUGACAAGGGGACCGCAUCUCCGCGGAUUUGGUUCUUUUCUCCCUCCAAGCAAGUAUCACGGAACGAUUUCUUGUGCCAAUUGGGGGAUUUUAGUAUGGUCGACAAGACCAAGUUGGGGGAUCGACUCAGUCUCGCAUUCACUCAGACCAAACCGUUGAUUCAGCUGCAACCGGAACAAAUUGUGGCGAUUGAUGAGAUUGUCCACAAUGGAUACCGAUUCUCGGAUGGAUGUGGGGUCAUGGGCUGGGACAUUGCUCGACGGGUUGCCGACAUUGAACCAGGCGACAUUAUGGGACAUGGAUCCAUACAGAUUCGAUUGGGAGGAUUCAAGGGAAUGCUCACUGUCAAGAAAGACUUUCCACCCAAUAAAAUUGGAUUGCGCCCGUCCAUGGCAAAGUUCGCUUCCACCAAUCGAAUGCUAGAAGUCAAGCGGGUCUCAACGUGCCGAGAAGGGAAAUCGCCCUUUAGUCAGGCGGUCCUCAUCUUGAGAGACUUGGGAGUGCCAUCCGAUGUCUUUUUGGAUCUUCAACGAAUGGCCUGGUUUGACAUUGCCGCUACGUACGAUCCAUCGGCGUUCCAAAUCGUAAACAGCAACAACAACAGCAAGAAGAAACAAAAUAAAAAGCCAGUGGACUACCAAGCCGUCUCGAGUUACCUCCAACGCGUGGCAAAACAGGGACUCAAACACAACCAAGAGAGAUUCACCGCGCUAGAGUUGGAUUGUAUUGCCAAGAGAAUGGAGGAAGGCAAACGGGCUGUCAAUAUUCGAUGUUCCGUCACGUUGAUGAUGGGGGUGGUAGACGAGCACGACUACUUGGGACCCGGUGAAAUUCUCGUGGGCAACGGGAGGGUCACGGGCACGGUGCUGAUUUACCGACCUCCGUGCAAUGCACCAGGGGACGUGCAAAAGGUCACGGCUCGAGAAGGAAGGAACGACGCGGUCGGUCGCGCUCUACGUGGAUCGAUAGUGUUCAGUGCCAAGGGGGAUCGGCCCAUUGCCGAUAUGCUCGCUGGAGGCGAUUACGACGGAGACGAGUACUUUAUUGUCAACGAUCCUGAAUUGGUCGAACCGUUCGUACCAGUUCAACCAUGUGAUUUUGGAAGCCAGAAAUCAUCCUUCGACAAGACUAUCGACAUUCAAAAGUAUUUCGAAGUUUCUCCUUUGACGGUUCCGCCCAAUCUUGACAAUCAGCUUGACGUGCUUCACAAGUUUUUCCGGCUUGGCAAUAUUGUGGUUGCUUCCGCAGACGCCUGGACUCGCGUCGCGGAUAGGUUCGGCCUACAGGACUCCCGGGCAAUGAGAUUGUCCUCGGCUUGCCAACAGGCUCUGGAUGUCCGAAAGCUUGCUUUCUGUGACUAUGACUUUGAAGAAAUCGAUUUGGUCCUUUCGGACAGUCACCCCGAACGCAUUUCUAAGCCAAAGUGGAACGGGGGACCUGAUGAGAAUCCUUCCAACUCAAUCAACGGGGAACUCUUUACAAAAUGGGAAAACAAGAUUUUGGACAUCAAGAAAACAGCGGAGAUACUACGGAAGAGAGAGGAAGAUGGACUUAGCGAUGCUGCUAGCAUUAUAUCGGGUUACACAGAGAACACGCGACAAUUUGAUUCCACUGCAGGGAACCCAUCUCUGUCGAGCACUAUCGGAACAGAAAUGCUAAUCGACGCAACUUUUGGUCGUACAACGGGGUUCACUUCGGAGCCAAUAAACUACGAGCAAAUCACGGAGGAAGGUCGAAAACAGCUCAUCAACAUGGUACUAUUGGAAUAUUGUGCCUCCCUAAAAAAGGACGGAAGAGCUACCGCCGCCCACUCGAGGAACAACGCGUACAACAAACCACGCUCGUACGACGUGCAUCUUGUGAAAGUCAAAGGGUCAAACGAAGAGGAUUCAUUUCGCAGUACGGAAGAGUUGGCCGUCUGCAUGCCGGUUCAUUCCAGCAAGACGAAUCGUGAGCUUGAGUGGCGUCUUCACAACCGCAAAGUUGCGAUCGAUGAAGUACACUCCAGGUGCCGGGUGGGGUCGCUGAGCAGCUUCUCCAGGAUUCUUGACAGCCUCCUGUCCAACCCCGUGCCACCGCUGAUGCGACAAGCAUUGAAGCGGGAGGGAUUGUGCAAGGCCGUCCUCCCAGAGGUAGUAGAAAAUCUUUCCUUCGCGCAAGAGCUGAAUUCAUCUCAAAAGCAAGCUGUGGCUACCAUACGGAGUUCAUCGUUUCGGAAAGGGCCCAGUUUCUUUUGCUGCCAGGGACCCCCAGGGACAGGAAAGACGACUACCAUCAUAUCAAUGUGCUGUGCAGCGCAUAAGGAGCAUCAGGCAACUCUUGUUGUUGCACCCAGCAACGCCGCUGUUGCAAAUGUGGCACGGAAGCUCGUGGAGACAACGGGAAUAUUUGGAAGCCGCAAUGUCGUUGUCUGGGGAGAUAACUGUGACGAAUCAGUGAGUUUCUUGAACCCCAAGCGUAGGUACAAAGAGUACCUGAAAUACGUCAGGGCAGACAAUUCCGAAAAGAAGAAACUGAUUCUCCAGGACAUUGCAGCUUGGUUGAAACUCGAUGACGUGGGAGCUUUUACUAGUGCAACAUUGGAGGAACUAUGUGGCGACGCAGACGGUAAAAGGAACGUAUCAUCGGCGAAUGUGGUGCUCUGCACUUUGAACACGGCUGGCUCCCGCUCUCUCCGCAGCGCCAUCACAGCAUCUCAUGCCAGUUUCCACAUGGCAAUCCUAGACGAGGCUAGCCAAUCAUGCGAGGCUGAGUUCUAUGUGCUGACUACAGUUCCUGGAAUCAAGCAUAUCGUUCUCGUUGGAGAUCCCCGCCAGUUGGGUCCGACUGUUCUCAGUAGCGAAUGCGAAGACCGUGGUUACGGCGUAUCGUUCCUCAGUCGAAUUCUCAUGUAUCACCCUGAGAAAGUCCAUCUUCUGAAUACGCAGUAUCGGAUGGAACCUUCCCCGUUAUUGGAUUUUGUCAAUGGAACCUUCUAUGGCAACAAGCUGAAAUCUGAUGUCUCUGUAAUGAAUCGCGAGCCCCCCAUCAAAAACCAAUUCUUGUUUGUGUCGACAUCCAAAGAUGGUUAUGGCACGGAAGAGCGGCAACGCUUUUCAUGGUACAACGAGUAUGAAACGGGCGUCAUCAAGACACUACUGCACACAGACCCAGAUAUCAAAAGCAUCCUUGAGGAUCCCCGUGGCGCACGUGUCCUUGUUAUCACUCCGUACAAAGCGCAAGCUGAGCGCCUCAGUCGAGUCCUCCGGAAAGUCAAGGCGGUCAAAUCGUUUGAUGUCAGCACUGUUGACAGUUUCCAGGGGCAAGAAGGAGAUGUCGUGUUGAUUUCGACCGUGAGAACGGACUCAGUCGGUUUCACUGACAAUGAGAACAGACUUUGUGUUGCGCUUACUCGUGCACGGCGGAUUCUUAGAGUCGUGGGCGAUUCUGAAUUCAUGAAAACGAAAACGAGCCAUGAGUCAAUCUUGCGGAAGUUGGCACUCUUCUCUGAGGAAAGAGGGCUCAUCCAAGAUGCUUCCGUUGACUCGGCAGCUUGGCGGAGACCCAAAUGGAAGGCUGAAGAUACCAGUUGGUUGGCAACGAUGGUGCCCAGGUUCCACGGCUGCUUGAAACAGAUGGAUCCACGUGAUUGCAAUGUUGCAUUCAAUACACUUCUGGCCGUCGCGACACCACAGCUCAAUUUGCUCAGAAGCAGGCCAAACGAUAGCGAUUCUGGACAAUGGCAGACUUCUGCGCUGAGUAAAUAUGGUGGGAAUGAUCCAAUCUGUGUCACAUACAUCGCAAAGCCGUUCAUCAGCAGUGAUGAUGGCCGAGACUAUGUCGGAAUCAUAGAAGCGCAUUUUGCAGGACGACGGCACGAGUGCAACAGAUUCGUGCAAACAAAUCGAGUUCACAACGGAGCUGCGAUCAAAGGAGACCUUAGCGGCAUCAAAGGACCCACCACACAACAAAUCGCUCCGGUGCACUCCGCCGAGAUCGACCUUCGUAGCUGGAUCGUUACCAGUGAUGUCCAAGGCGCCAUCAUUGAUGGGAAUCUUGACGCGCUUCCAGAUGGCCUUAUCAAUCUUGAUGACCAGCAAAAGCGAGUGCUGUCCCUUCAGCCACCGUUGCUUUUGGAGUCUCGCUCCGGUACCGGAAAAACAAAUGUGCUCUUUGCGCAUGCAAUCAGCUACCUCCGAGAUUCCUUGUCUGACUACGAGGAGUCCACAAGCGUGCCCUCAAUUCUCUUUGUCACUGUUUCGCCAACGCUCGGGAAGGAAUUGCGAGAACGCUAUGAAUCGGUUUGCAGGAUUUCACAGCUGCCAAUGCCGCCAAUUGCCUUCUUCUCAUUCCGUGACCUACUCCAGCACUUGUUUCGCCGCUAUCAUGUGUAUGAUGUCAUUGUUUCAUCAGCUUGUUCAUUCCGGCAUUUCUACUACAGCAGAACUUCACACCAGGAACUGGCUUUGGAACUGUCGCUUAUCGAAAAUGAAAUCGGAGGAGUUAUCCUGGGCGCACUGCAGGCUGCUUGCAAGCGGAGGCACCUCAACAAAGAGGAGUACCUCGAGGAGAAGAGGAGCAACAUUCAAAACAAAACCGACGCAGGGAUGAAGAGAAGAGAGCUUGUCUACGAAUACUUCUGUGAGUAUAAGAACUGGAAGGAGUCUAACAAGCGGUAUGAUCUGGGCGAUCUGGUGUUGAAACUCCUUGAGAUAAGCGACGAAAACAGAAAUCUCGAUGAAUUCUUUGUGUCAGUCUACCUUGAUGAGGUUCAAGAUUUCUCGUAUGCAGCUGUCUAUAUGAUCUGCUCCAUUGCUGGCAAAGUGCACGGGCAGUGGGUUGCAGCAGGUGAUACAAAUCAAAUGAUAUCUGCCGGUUGCAGCUUCAAAUUCCAGGGCUUGAAGCAGACAUUGUUGGAAGUAAAACCAGAUGUAAAUCUCUCCAAGACUGAGCAGCUGAGGCGAAAUUGGCGGAUGACCAAGAGUGUCCUUGAAGUGGGCAAUGCCAUUUUAAACACAAUCAAGAUAAAUUUCCCUGAGCACAUUGAGUACGCUCAACCUGAAGUGCCAAUGAAGGACUUGGGCCUGAAAGUAACGCUUGUUUCCUGGCGAGAUGCGCUGGAAAUCAAAGCACGGAUGGGGGUGAAUCAGGCAAUCGUCUACGCUGCCUCGGGAAGUGCCGAUUCUGAAGAAACGCUUCGCAAAGAAAUGCUUGGGUGGUCUCAUGAACACCCGUUCGUUCUUUCUUGCUUGGACGCAAAGGGACUUGAGUACGAUGAUGUCAUCGUCGCAUUCGACAAAGAUCGCAAGAGCUGGGAUGUUGAAUUUGAAAAGGGGAAGAAGGCUGGAAGGGACAGCAACGGUAACGCUGAUGCCCUUCGCAACCUUCGCGAGCUCUAUGUCGCCAUAACCAGGGCAAGGAAACGGGUUGUUGUGCUUGUCAAGAAUGGCCGCCUGCACCGCGAGUUUUUCAAGAAACUCCCUUGUGAAAGCGAGCUAAAGGAAUCUGACGCGAAAGAGGCUUUGCUCGACUUUGACGGAGAAACCGAUGUUGAGGAUUGGUUUGUUGCGGGAGAGACAUAUUACAAAAAUGAAAACUACGGUCUCGCAGAGAGUUGCUUCAUCAGAGCAAGCAACACGGGUUGGUCCAACCGUGCCCAAGGAAUGCGCCUACAAUUCAAAGAGGGGCGCCUCGCAGAGGCAAAGAUCGCAUUUCGGAGAAGUUCCCUUGCUUUCUUCGAGCAGAACAGCUUUGAAAGUUGCUUGGACGUUCUAAAACAGAUGGCAGAGUUAGACAAGUUGCCUUGGGAAGAACAAGACAACAAAACCCUGGACUUUGCGUUAAAAGAGUGCCCCAACCAUUUGUCGCGACGCUGGACUGUCAAAUUUGCAAUCACGCGUAAAGCCUUCGAUGUCAUUACCUCCGAGGACAUGACAGACAGUGAACUACAGUCUAAGUUCGUCGAAAAAAGGAAUGAAAAGUGGCUGAAGGAUAAGAUCCGGGGCAUGAACGAAGAUGAACGAAGCGCCGUUGCCACCGCAUUGCCGCUCAUCGUCGGUGAUUACAUGAGCGACCAGAAGCUAUUUGUCGAUGCUGUGGAUCUGUUUUUGCUCGGAAAGGAUGAAACAGCGGCCGUUCGGGCAACGGAGAGUGCCAUCACUCUCGGAAAAUUUGAAGAAGUUGACAUUGGGCGUGUUGUCUCGAGCUGGAAUGAAUAUGGCGAGACCUCCAAACAGAACAGUAGUCGCAUGCUCAAGACGCUUCGUUUUCUCUUCAGAAACCCAACAGAAGCGUCCAAGACAAAAGCCAAGGAUAUUCUUAGGCAGUUUGGGAAGCGCACGGUGCAACUGGCUGUCAUGGAGUCUUGCAAACACACCAACAUCCCGGCAGUGUUUUACAGAUUCGACAAAGAGAAGUUUGAACCAGAAAUCGAAAGCGCCUUGGUCGAGCUUUAUGGAGAGAAUCCGAUCGAAAUGGUCACUUUCUUUUGUGAACACAACGACCGCGUCAAGGCGAAUUUUGCAGUAAUGGACUACUUGAAGGAGUUUUCUGACGACGUGCUGCUGCACAAAAUAUUUGGAUCCUUGGCGUUUCGCGAUGUAGACAUUGUGGAAGAAAUUGAACGCCGCAGCAUGCUAUUGGAAGCUGUGAAGGUCUGCCUUGAUCCUGAGUUCAAAGAUAUCGCAAAGGCUGCUGAACUUGCAACCAACUUGCUAUCCGACGAAUCGACCAUUUCACCUGAGACAGCAGAAGUCUUAUUCCAGGCCUUCGCCCCAUGGUUGAUGACGGACCAACAAAUUGUCAAGGGCAUCAAACAAGCGGGUCAAACGAAGGAGAAUCUGUAUUUGCUUCUUGGACUUUUCCAGAAUCCAGAAGAAAUGAGCAUGAAGGAAGCCCGUGGGGACUGCAUGACAAAGCUGGGGAAAGAUGUUGUGAGACAUGCGGUCACUCGACAAGCCCGCAAUGGAGGUGCCUAUUCAAUUCUCUCCAAAUUUGACCGUAAAGCCUUCGAAGAUUUGAAGCCUCAACGGAAACAGCAAAAAUCACCACAAAAGCCAAAAGCACAAACCAGCUCCAACUUGAUUCCCGGAGACAGAGUUCGCGUAAAGGGCCUGGUGAACUCAGCUUUUCUGAAUGGGAAACAGGGCACUGUCACUUCUCCGCUGAGCAAUACUGGAAGACAUGGUGUGCGUGUUGACGGGUACAAAGAACCCAAAUCGAUCAGAUUGGCGAAUCUCGAGAAGAUCGAGAAGUCUGAAGACGAAAAAAAGCCGCCGGCAGACAACCUGAAACCCCCUCCUGUCGUCUCCUCGCAAACUAACGACAGCGACAGCGAGCCAGACAACCGAAAGCCUCGCAGUCACCCAAGCAAGAAGAAGGAUGCGAAUGACAGUGACGAUGACGACGACAGUGACAGCGAUCGCCUGCCUGGGUUGGUCAAACGCCCCACACAGGACUCAUCGGAUGAAGAACGGCGGAGGCAGGGGCAGAAUGCCCAAGGUGGGGUUUCACGUGACGAAGGGGCGCCGAGACGACGCCGAGCGCACCACGACGAUUCGUCUGCAGAUGAGUCUGACGGUGCUCCUCGAAGCUUUGACCGAGAAUCAGACUCCGACUCGGGCGGAGGAUCAGAGAGCUCAGAUGAUGAUGAUGAUGAGGGCGAUUGCCCCCCUCUCAUGGCUCGAGAAGAGAGUAGUGGCGCUUCCAGCAACAACAGCUCGGGUUUUGGGGGUGCAAGCGACACGGAGGAUUUUGGCAGCGAGAGCGACGGUAACGGCCCCGUCCCUCCCGGUCUGGUGGGACGUCCCCACAGGCACUACGGCGAUAGUUCGGACGAUAGCUCUUCCGAUGGUACCCCUCCGCCACUAUUUCAGCGGGACCAGUUAGAUCACAGUAGUAGCAGUGACAGCCCCGUCCCUCCCGGUCUGGUGGGACGUCCCCACAGGCAUUCGGACGAUAGCUCUUCCGAUGGUACCCCUCCGCCACUAUUUCAGCGGGACCAGUUAGAUCACAGUAGUAGCAGUGACGGCAGCGAGGAACACCAGUCAGAUCACAGUAGUAGUAGCAGUGACAGCCCACCACCCUUGCGCAACCAACCGGUGGCCAGAUCUUCGAUGGACGCUUCGAGCGACGAGGAUAGUGACGAGGACUUUGAGACAUUUCGAUGGGGGGGCGCUCAACAACCCCGACGGGCGGCUCCGCCUCCAGUUCCUCAGCAGCAGCAGCAGCCACCCGCCGCCGCCGAAGGUGGCCGUCAGCAAGGACGCAACAGUGAAAGACGAAAGAAAGCCAACCGAAAGAAGGGUGGACGCAGGAAGUAA